AUGCCUUUUCCCACGGAUCCCCGACUGGCCAGCUAUUUUCUGCCAGGUUAUCCGGCCGCCAUUGCUGCGGCAAUGGCAGCAGUUAAUGCAGCUUCUUGUUCGUCCGCCAAUCAAGGUAGUCCAUGCGGUGCGCAGACCACAUCCAGUUUCAGUUCAUCCGACACAACCGUGCAUCCGGGGACAGCAUGGUCCAGUAGUAACACCACCACGUCCUCGAUACUCCCCUCCUCUUCCUCCUGUUCCUGUCCAUCCUCCGCCUCAUGUUCCAUGUCAUGUCUAUGGCCUGGCAUCCCUGGACAGAAUAGUACUGGUUCUUCCUCAUCCGGUUCUUCGUCAUCCGGUUACGCCAGUUCCGAAGGCAGCCUAAGUAACGGAGUUCAUGGUCCGCCCGGCUGGUUCCACUCCGCGGUCAGUCCGGGUGGUUUGAUGAACCUAUCCCACUAUUAUCCGUAUUCCGGCUCACAGCUAUCCCGUUCCGCCACGGCGGCGGCAGCUGCAGCGGCCGCUGCUGCAGCCGCGGCGGCUGCAGGCACAACGACCACAGCAGCAACAGGCACCCGUGCUGAAGAAAGUGGUCGACCUCCAUAG